UGUGACAGAUGACGCUGUUCAUCCGACGCGCUGUCCAGGUGUACGGUUUAUGAUAUUGCAGAGAUCCAAAGCGAUUUGGAGCUUUAUCAGUAAACCUUCGUGAGAUGGCCUAACGUAAUAUAAUUUCUGUCCGAGCCCGUCUGUCACUUGGAUGUGUGAAAUGUCGUCUUUUUGCCCCGACUCACUCUACGAGAAUGAAGCGGCAACACCGUUAAAAUGAAGACUGACUCGGGGAUGAGAAUUUGAGCUGUUUAUACCUCGAGUGGGAAAAGCUAGCGGUUAGGCUAGCCAGACACAUCAGACACCCGACUCUGGGCUCGGAUAUCGGAUUUGUGCGGCCAUGGCUGGCCUCAUCAAGAAGCAGAUCCUGAAGCAUCUCUCCAGGUUUGCUAAGAACCUUUCGCCGGACAAAAUCAACCUGAGCACGCUGAAGGGCGAGGGCCAGCUGACCAACCUGGAGCUGGAUGAGGAGGUCCUCCAGAGCCUGCUGGACCUGCCCACCUGGCUGGCCAUCAACCGAGUGUGUUGCAACAAAGCCGCGAUCAGGAUACCAUGGACAAAAUUGAAGACUCACCCAAUCUCUUUGACCCUGGAUAAAGUGGAGAUGGAGAUGAGUACCUGUGAUGAGCCCCGUCCCCCCAAUGGCCCGUCUCCCAUAGCGACAGCGUCUGGGCAAAGUGAAUAUGGCUUUGCAGAGAAGGUGGUGGAGGGGAUGUCGCUGUCCAUCAACUCCAUCGUCAUCAGAAUCAGUGCCAAGGCCUUUAACGCCUCCUUUGAGCUCUCCCAGCUGCAGGUCUACAGCGUCAACACCAGCUGGAGCAUCAGUGACCUGCGAUUCACUCGGAUCCAGGACCCUCAGAGGGGAGAGAUCCUGACAUUCAAGGAGAUCAGCUGGCAGAUGAUCCGCAUCGAGGCCGAUGCCAUCCAGAGUGCUCAGCAUGAGAUGCUGAGUGCGCCCAUACGCCUCAUCACCAACCAGUCCAAGAUCCGAGUCACUCUCAAGAGACGGAUCAAGGACUGUAAUGUGGUGGCCUCCAAGCUGAUUCUGAUCCUGGACGACCUGCUUUGGGUGCUGACCGACUCCCAGCUCAAAGCGAUGGUGCAGUAUGCCAAGUCCCUCAGUGAGGCCAUGGAGAAGUCCGCCCAGCAGAGGAAAAGCAUGGCCACAGAAGACCAGGUGUCGUCAGCGCCGCCCUCAGCCCAGCAGGUGCGCACCCAGCAGGCGUCUUCAGCGGCUGACCAGAGCGCAACCAUGGCCAAGCUUUUCAGUGCUUAUGACGUAUGUGAGACGUCCCACCACCUCCAGAUCACCCACCUCGACCUACACAUUUGUGACGACAUCCACGCUAAGGACAAAGUGAUCAAUAAGAGGAUAACAGGUGGAGCCAUGCAGGUUUCUUUCAGCUCCAUCUCUCUGGACUAUUAUCCUUUCCACAGGGCAGGUGACAGUUGUGUCCACUGGAUGCACUACAGCGAGGCCACCAAGACCAGAGAGAGCUGGGCACGGAAUCUGCUCGACGAGUUCAAGUCUAAUGUUGAGAUGUUAAAGAGUGCGGUUCGAGACCAGCAAGGCGCGGCCCCCGUGCACAGUUCCCCACAACACGUGUCCCUUAGGGACGAUGUGUAUGGGCCUCUAGGAAGUCAGGAGAGAGCAGGAGGAGGAGGAGUAGGGCUUAGGGAGGCAGAUGGAGGACUGCUAGAGUGGAGCUCACACACACAGCCACAGGCCCAGUGCUGCUGGUGUCUAGAGCCAGGUAAGAUAAACACCUGCUCAAGCUCUUCCUUCAGUUCUCCACCCCCUCAAAGCCCCAAGACCCAGCUCAUGUCCAGCUCUGUUGUUCUCAGGAUGGCUGACUUCAGCAUCUACCAGGUGUCAACAGCGGAUCAGCGGCGCUCCAGCCCCAAAACCAUGAUCUCCUGCAAUAAGAAGUCCUUGUAUCUUCCCCCAGAGAUGCCAGCCAUUCAUGUGGAGUUCACAGAGUACUACUUCCCUGAUGGAAAAGACUUUCCCAUCCCCUGUCCUAACCUGUACGUCCAGCUGAACGCCCUGCAGCUGGUUCUGGAUCCUCGCAGCCUGGUGUGGAUCAACCUUUUCGCCCUCGACCUCAGGCAGAGUCUGGAGCAGUUCAUGGAGAUCUACAAGCUCAGCGACUCGCAGAAACCCGAUGAGCAUGUUGACAUCAAAGUUGACGGCCUCAUGCUCAAGCUGGUGAUUCCUACGGAUCGGGAUGCCUCCUGCCCUGCUGAUCUCCCCCGCUCCAUCUCAGUGCAGACCUCAGAAAUGGUGGCCACAAACACUCGGCAUCCAGCUAACUGCACCCGCUCCCACCUUGAGGCUCUACUGCAGGCCUUUGAAGAGGAGCCUUUCUUCUCUCCAUCUUUCUCUUCAUUCCCUCGCUCCUCCUCUUCCUUACCCCUUCUCCAUCCCGUCUUCCAACGCCACGCUCAUGAACAAGACACCAAGCUCCAUGACAUUUACCGGGGUCUGGUGGUACCCACAAUGGGCACAGACGCCCUCAAGAUGCCAGCAGCUGCUGACUUUUGGUCGCUGCACUUUUCCCAGUUCUGGGUGGACUAUGAAGGCACCCGUGGAGGCAAAGGGCGGCCGCAGCCCUUCGUGGACUCCUUCCCUCUCACCGUGUGGGCGUGUCAGCCUGCGAAGAUUGUCCAGCAUCAGGAGAGGCUCAGAGAUUCCGUUGGAUCAGGUUUGUCCAGGAGCACAUCUGGAGAGGCUGUUGCACGUCUGCAGAGGAAACGAUUACUGAAGGAGUAUUACAGCACGGAUGGUGCACCGACUGCAUCUCACAGCAGCGACACAACACCACCACCCAGUAACGGACUCCAUAAACGCCUCUCAUUGGACAGUCUGCCUUGCUCCUCCUCUUCUUUGUCAUCAUCGAAUAAAGAUGCAAGUGUGCAUGUAUUGGUGCAUGUGCAAAAGCAUUUAAGUGCUCAGGUGAGCCACCGACAGUAUGUGUUUCUGAUGCAUCUUCAACGCAGCAUCAAAUCCCUGCAGCAGACACUGCAGCAGGACCUGGAAGACAUGGGCUCCAAGAAAGACCGAAAGGAUCCUACUCAACAUCCCACAGACCACCAGCCCUUCACUGUCUGCCUAGGCCUCCUGCUGAAAAGUGCAGAGGUAUCCCUGCUCCUGAAGCCCAUCCCCCAGUCUGAGGGUUCGAGAUCUCCUCUGGGGUCCGAACUCUCCCCUUCCGAGAGCCGAGGAAAUCUGGAGCCUGGGAAUGAUGCAGGAGACGGGGCAGAGAAAGGGAGUGAAGCAGCUGGAUGUGGUUCUGACGGAGGAGCAGCCAAAGGAACAUGCACUGUAGACCAGUUGUUGUGCAGUGAAGGCUCGGAAGGUGGAGGUCCGCAGGGUCCUGCGCCUCUCAUCCCAACCUCCUCUUCAACCGCACGUCCUGACUCCAAUCAAAAAGCCUCAAUGGAGGAGAGGACUUCAUCUAAGAACUCUGGGAGGUGGAGUUCAGAUGAAGGCGGUGAGACGGUAAUGGAUGGGUUGGCAGGGACUGAAGAAGUGGGAGGAGGACUAGACCCUAAAACCCAGACGGGAGACCCCCAGUGUGACCCAGUCGGCAGCAAAGACUGGGGUGAUAAAGACUCGGCUUCAGCCACUAAGAUGCCUCAGUCCAUAUCCAGUGGUCGUCUGAUGCGGGACCGCUCCCAGUCCAGUUUCUCAGUGUCCUACAAGAACAUGAAGAAGAGCCCGUCCCUGCAGUCGCUGGACAACAUCUCCAUAGACAGCUACUUCAUGGAGGAUGGAGACGCUUACAGUCUGCUGGAGAGAGAUGACGUGUCCAUCUCAGGCUUCAAGGACGGCAUCAGCGAACAAAGUGCCACCGAGAGCGCCACAGAGGCAGUGAUAGGACAGGAGCAAGAGGGCGGCGUGUCUCCCGACACUGUCAGUGCAACCUCCCAGAGCACUGAUGAUCCCACCAAAGACAUAGUGUCGGUGCUGGUGUUGAAGGUGCAGUCGGUGUGCGUGGGCAUGGAGGCGGUGGGUGAGAGCACGGCCUUGGCUCUGGAGGUGGGCCAGGUCACACCCAGCCAGCUGGGCAACGUCUGCCUCAGACAGUACCUCAGCAACCGCAGCCUGGGUAUGGUGUGUUCAGUACCAAUACCUGCUCAAAGCAGCCAAGCUGCUGGUGAGAUCAGCUCUGAGUCCAUCAGGGGCCUCCACAGUCCGGAGGUGCGGGCUCGCCUGGAGAGCGGUCCCUGUGCCGCCGCUCACUCCCCACUGGCCGAGCGCAACGGCUUCCUGCAGCUGCGUCUCCACGGAUACCAAGCGAGCUUCUUGAUGUCCACGCUGCGCAACCUGGCCCACUUCCUGGAGGAUGACUCUGCGCCGCAGGUGCUGCCCAUGGAGAUCAGUGUCAUGGACACGCACAUCAACUUAAAGGACGACGGUCCCCGGGACAAUCCCUCCGACCCUGAGCCGUCGCCGAUCACCCUGCAUGUGGACAGCCUCAUCAUACACAGAAGGGACGACGGCUCCUUCUCUAUAGGAGUGGCGGAGACCAAGCCCAGGAAAGACGGCACGUUGAUUGAAAGUUCUCUGAGUCCAGUCCCUGAGCUUGUGGGCAACGUCUGCUGUGUACCAAAGGCUACACAAACUCAAGCCCCACCUGCCAGCCCCCCUCCAUCCACCAGAGAAGAGAUGCUGGUGGAGGAAAACGAAUGUUUGAAACUAGAGCUGUCUCGAGCCAAGAUGGCGCUGGCUGAGGCUCAGAUGGAGAAGGACUCGCUGCUGCACCGCAUGAAGAAUCUCAAAGUCAACACCAGCUAGACCCGACUCGUUGUCAUUCAGCUCCCACUGGUCUGCAGGCAUGAGGACUGAACGUCAGCGGGCAGCAACGCAACUAAAGGCAACAUCAACAAGCAAAGGAAGAAGGGGAAACGACUCCCUUUACGAGCUUAUUUGUCGAGUGAGCCACCAUGUGACUUUAGACUUCAAAAUAAUUCCUUCAUAAAGCAAUGCAGAGUCUGUGUGAAGACUCAAAAACACGUGUUUUUACGUGCUUGUUGUCUGUUUUAUGUUCUCCACUCUGGACUGUAGAUGCGCAAUACAUUUGGAGAGAGAUGGAAGAAGUGUGUGUGUGUGUGUGUGUGAGAGAGAGAGAGAGGAUGAGGAUCUAUAUCCAUAGUUGUGCCUACACGAAACCCUUCCCACACUACUCCUGUUGUGUAUGUUAAAACAAAAAAGAAUCACAGCUACUCUUAGACAACCUUCAUUCAGUCCUGUCGGUAUGGAGAAACACUGAAUGUCUCAUCUUUAGAGGAAUGUCUUAAAAAACAAAACAAAAAAAGACUUAUUUUGCACUGCGCUGAGCUUAAACUUGUAAUUUAGUGUUUUCAUACAGGAAAGGGACAGGACAAAUCAUUCUUACACUCGUCCUCGGAGUGUGUACAGUGUAUAUUGUAUAAGAAUGUGAGCACAUGACUAUUUUCUUUAGAAAUUUGAAUGGUUAUGCAGUGUUUCAGUUGAAUGCGUGAGUGUGUUUCUUUGUCUCAGCCAGAACAAGCAUUUCAUUACAAGUAGAUAAAAAAUUUAUAAUAUCCUGUCAGUUCCACGGCUUCGUCAACGGAAAGCCCCACAAAUAACGUCUGAAACCCCUCCCGCCCUUCCUAUUUUUCUAUGUGUAAAUAGCUACUCAACAUGUGCAGCACUUUUAAAACUGAGGCACUGUAAAUACAACAUGUGAGCCGUGAGAGAACAAGCAAAGUCUGAAGAGUGACUUCGAAAAGUAUCUUGUGUGCCCCCUUCUGAAAAAAGAGGGGUAGGAAUAUAAAGGCACAUUGAAGCUGCCUGAUUACGUGUGUGUGUGUGUGUUUAUCUAAAUUUCUAAUCUGCCAUGUGUACUUUUUUUCAUGAACAAGAGUUGAACAUAUGUGUUGUUUUGGUCCAUGCUUCUUGCCUGUGUGAUGACUUCAGGGGACCCCCCUCCCCCCCGAGCGCCACUCCUUCCUGAGAAGAUGCUAAAAAACGACUAAAAAAAGCGACUGACGUUUUUUUCUAACAGCACAUGCUUUUGGCACAGCACAAAAGACUAUAAAAGGACAGUCUGAAACUCGGCCGUGGGUUCAAGUGCAUCCACCAGUCCACAUAUGCAACUGUCAUAACCUGUACUUUAGCUCGGCCCAGUUCAUUUCAGUUUCGUUGUCCUGGCUCCUGAAAAAAAAGAUGUGAAACACGACUAUUUCUCUGCACAAACUGGGUAUCAAGACUUGAAGUGUCAGUUGUAGGAUGUUAACACGAUUGUAUGUGAAGGGUUUUCUUUUUGUUUUCCUCGAGUCAUCACAUCCCUCCAUCUCUCUGGGGAUGUCUGAGAUUGUGUGGAGGAAGAAAAAGACACAAAAUAAAUUGUAUUUUGUCCAUCAAAGCUGCUGAUAUAGAUGAAAAUAAAAGAUUAUGCGACCUCAGGUGAUGGCACUUGAGGCAAAUUUA